AUGGCCGAGAGCGCCCCAGCCCCCGCCGCAGAGAGCGCGCCCGCCGCCCCGGCCAAGGCCCCCGCCGCCAAGGCCGCCGCUAAGAAGCCGAAGAAGGCGGCGAGCGGCUCCAAGGCCCGCAAGCCCGCGGGGCCCAGCGUCACCGAGCUGAUCACCAAGGCCGUGUCCGCCUCCAAGGAGCGCAAGGGGCUCUCGCUCGCCGCGCUCAAGAAGGCGCUGGCCGCCGGCGGCUACGAUGUGGAGAAGAACAACAGCCGCAUCAAGCUGGGGCUCAAGAGCCUCGUCAGCAAGGGCACCCUGGUGCAGACCAAGGGCACCGGCGCCUCCGGCUCCUUCCGCCUCAGCAAGAAACCCGGGGAAGUGAAGGAAAAAGCCCCGAAAAAGAAAGCUUCGGCAGCUAAGCCCAAGAAGCCGGCGGCGAAGAAGCCCGCCAGCGCCGCUAAGAAGCCCAAGAAAGUGGUGACAGCAAAGAGCCCCAAGAAAGCCAAGAAACCUGCAGCCAAGAAAACAGCGAAGAGCCCCAAGAAGGCGACAAAGGCCGCUAAGCCCAAAAAAGCGGCGGCAGCAGCCAAGAGCCCGGCUAAGGCGAAAGCGGUGAAGCCCAAAGCAGCCAAGCCAAAAGCUGCAAAGGCAAAAGUGGCCAAGGCAAAGAAGGCAGCACCGAAGAAAAAGUAAGCCCUUCACUGAAGAAGUCUUGCUCCACAUUUAAACCCAACGGCUCUUUUAAGAGCCCCCCACAUUUUCUUAAAAAGAGCUGAAAUUAUAAAAUUGAAUUCGCAGUUUAUUAUCUUGACAGCUUUGGAGAAAAAAAACUUACAUAACAGGUCGUGUAAUUUUUUAUAAUAUUGAGAUAGAGUUGACGAACCUGGCAGCCUAAGAAAACGCAUGUGAUACUUCCGGGAUUUU